UUUUAAGACUGACUAUUCUUCCAGAUAAUUCAACUGAAUGGAAUCUAUCGGAGACCUUCCCACAGACGAGGAGUUCGCUCGUAUCAAGGAAGCAAUAUGCGAAGAAGAGUCUGCAAUCGCGGGGAUAGACGUUCAAAUCGACGGCCUAAUGCGAGAGAUAUGUCGGCUUCGGUUCAAGCAAACAAAACAUCGGGAAAGGAUUGGUUUGUAUCAGGGCUCAAUUUCGUUGGCUCGACGUCUACCUCAGGAGAUUCUUGCCUCAAUAUUCCAGUUCUGUGCAAGGGAUGGAUGGACGCGGUUUCCAUUGACGGCUUCUCAUGUGUGCAGACAAUGGCGGGCAGCCUCUAUGAUACCUUUGGUGUGGUCCCAUCUUUACAUCGAAGCGAACAACGUCGAUCCCUAUCGCCGAGCCUCGUUUUGGCUGCAAAGAUCGGACAGCGCACCUUUAUACAUCACCCUCGACUUGCGUAACGAGACCUCUACAGCUGAAAUGCUCUCACCCGUGGUCAACCUCUUAUUAGAGGAUUCUAGACGGUGGAGGAGCCUGAGGAUUAUAUCACAUUGGAUCGACCAUGCCAAUGUCAUCCUAGGUCGUUGUAACACCAGUUCCUUCCCGCAACUUCGAGAACUAGACCUCGCUAUACUCGACGAUUUUGUGACUUUUCAAGAUGGGAAUCAAAUUUUCGACGGGGUUGAGCUGGCUGAUUUGUCAGACUGUUUUCAAAAUGCAUCCCAGCUUCGAGCCGUCACUAUCAGCAGGAAUGUUUUAUCAUCAGCUACCCCACUACCCUCUUCCAUCGCUGAUCUGACCUUACACUUUCCCUCUUCCACCAUAUCCGCAGUGCUAUCUAACGCCGUUCUUUUGAACAUCCUCGAGCAGCUGCCCCUUCUCCACCAUCUGGCAAUUUCGAUCUCAAGUGACCCCCAGCGAGUGUUCAGAGACGACGUUGACGAGCAGAGGUCUAUUAUUAUUCCUUCUCUCCAUACUUUAACCAUCACCAGCAACCCUGAUAUUUUUGGCUUCCUCCCUUACAUCAGGACACCAUCUUUAGUCAAUUUACACCUGAGGUCUUCAACUGAACCCUUAGGGUAUGUAGUCGAGUCCUUUGGGAGAACCGUCCUGCAAUUCAUCGAGUCGGCCUGUCCACCAAUAGAACAUCUAGAGCUCCGCGACAUUGAUCUUUCGGAGAAUCACUUCCUAGCUUGUUUCUCUCAUCUUCCGACGUUGCAGACACUUCGACUUCACGAGAGCGACAUCUCUGAUGAAGUUCUUAAUGCAUUCUGUGGUCCGGAGGCGCUCUGUGCACACUUGAAGAUCUUAGAUUUGCGGUGGUGUGGGCAAAUCACAGGUUCAACUUUGGUUCGUCUGGCGCGUAGCCGUUUGAUGGGUGGCUCGUCAGAUCAGCAUCACCUUGACCCCAUCACCACCAUCACAUUGAUAAACUGCGCGUUCGUUGGAGAGCAACAUAUAAUGGACCUAUCACGUAUCGCGACUUGUCGAAUUGUAAUGAAUGACGUUGACGAUUGCUGCCGUACGACUGGAUGUUGCAAUAAUGAACGAUAUCGCCGAAGGCUGUAUUUGCGAAACAUUGGAGCUGUUGAAAGUGAACGAAAGAUAAUUCUGUGAUAUUUGUGACUGGCUGUAAAGACUGAACGUUGAACGUUGAACAUUUGUAUGCAUCUAUACUGACAGGAAUAAUAAUUAACAUGGAACUGUUGGACUCAAAACUAUGACAGGCAGCCACGCAAACCAGCAGUCUGCCUCAAACAAGGUCCAUCUUUCCUUCUUCCUCUUGGACUACUGAAUAGUUCACAAUGUAGGGUAACACAAAUUGAACCAGCUCUGGAAGCUGCAGUCGUGGAGGG